AUGGAACAAAUCCCAGUAAUCCAAACCGUCGCCCUGGUUCGUACCCUCGGCGGCAAUGUCGAGUUUCUUGAGAAGCACCCUGUCCCCAUAGCUGGCCAAAAUGAAGUUCUGGCUAAAGUCCUUUACACAGGAGUUUGUCAAAGCGACCUGCAUACCAAAAACGGCACGGCUGCUGGUUCCGACGGCAACCCUAUCACGAAAAUCAAGUUUCCUCAUAUUGGAGGACAUGAAGGUGUUGGACGUAUCGUGGCACUAGGACCCGGCUGUGGACCAGACUUGAAAGUUGGAGGGCUUGUCGGGAUCCGGUUUUCAAGUCGCAUCUGUCGGCGUUGUGAUUUCUGCCUUGCGGGGACAGAGCAGUAUUGCGUGAAGGGCACGAAUCAUUUGCAUCAUGAGGAUGGGUGCUUCCAGGAGUAUAUUGCAUUGGAUGCGGAUUAUUUGACAAUCUUGCCGGAUGAUGUUGAUCCAAGUGUUAUUGGACCGGUGCUUUGUGCAGGUGUCACGGCUUAUAAGGCUGUUUUAAACACGAAUGUCAAGGCCGGAAACUGGUUGGUCGUCGUGGGGGCUGGAGGGGGGCUUGGUCAUUUGACUGUACAAUACGCAAAAGCCCAGGGAGCGCUAGUUAUUGGAGUCGAUGCCGCAGACAAACGUGACUUCGUUCUCAGAAUCGGUGCUAAACAUUUCAUUGACUUCACAUCCACUGACCCCGCACAGCGCGUUCUAGAGAUCACCGGUCUGGGUGCACAUGCGGCGGUGGUCACAGCUGGGAGUGCAAAAGCGUAUGCGCAUGCGUGUGAUAUGCUGCGUGUCGGCGGUACGCUGAGCUGUAUCGGGAUUCCCAUGGGGCGUCCGUGCUUGGAAACUCCUAUCUGCAGCAUUGUGAUCAAGGGCUUGCGCAUCACUGGUAACUUGGUUGGGUCAUUGAAGGAAUGCUUGGAGGCAGUUGAUUUGGUCCGUAGGGGUGUUGUGGUACCUGAAAUUAAGAUUAGGGGGUUUAAGGAUUUGCCCCAGGUGUAUGACGAGAUGGAGAAGGGUGACAUCGCUGGGAGAAUCGUGCUCAAGAUUGGCGAGUAG